AUGAAACCCGGAAAGCGGAGAGAGACGACGUCAACUUCGACCUCACAAGCCAGUCAAAAGUUCUCGCAAAUGCGUGCAAUAUUGGGGAAUGGGUUGCACGAGUCUCUCUAUCAACCGGAAGGCACCUCGAAACGGGGGGAGAGCAAUGAGGGACGAAGGCCAGAGCCCGAUGGAGAUGGGUGGGUGUACAUACACUCGCGGCUCAAAGAGCAUGACAAAGCUAUGAUCCUGGGUUUCACUGGUGACAUUGAUACGUUGCUGGUCUUCGCCGGCCUCUUUUCCGUGGUGCUCGUCACAUUCCUUGCUCCUGUAUAUGAGCAACUCAAAGUCGAUAACGAUGAAAUCUCAACGCGGAUCCUCAUGACAAUAUCCAACCAGCUCGCUAACAUAUCCGAAAGCCUACCCGCGAUUCCCACCGAUGCCUCUCCAGAAUCAUUCAAACCCCAAUCAUCCAUCGUGGUUAUUUGCUCCCUAUGGUUCUUCAGCCUCGUCAUCUCCCUUGCAUCUGCCCUUCUUGGGACAUUCGCAAAACAGUGGCUUCGGGAGUAUCUCUUGUGGACCACGGUCUCUCCAGUCCAACAUGCUGUUCAUUUACGUCAAUAUCGUUAUGCGGCGUUGUUGCGCUGGCGAGUGCCCAACGUUGUCACAUCCCUUCAAACCCUCAUGCAGACCGCCGUAGUCCUCUUCUUUGGUGGAUUGAUCACCUUGCUAUGGCCUAUCAAUCAUACCGUCGCCGUCACGACAUCGGUUGGCAUCGCCAUCACAGUUUUCGCGGCUUUACUGGCUGUUAGCCUCUCCCUCUUCAUCGAGAGCUGCCCGUACAAGACACCUUUAGGAUGGUUACUUCUGUUAUCCUUCCGGGGCCUGCUUGAUCCUUGCUGCCGCGGGAUGUUGACACUCUAUUACGACCUACAGGCUGCUUCGAGACGGUGGAAACCGCUGGCUCGCCUCUUCCUUGCUAUUGAAUGGUUCUACAAGAAAUUGCCAGAUAGCCUUUGGGACCUUCAAGUUCCCGACGCGUGGGCUCACCGCGAUCUUGGCCUAACUUCCUUCGGACAAGAUCCAGUGCGCAGCGCGGCAUGGCAAUGUCGUUCACUCCUCUGGAUGGCGUCACACGAGGAAGUAGAAGCGGAAAUUGCCUCAAAAUGUGUUGCCGCGUUACCGGGAACUCCGCUACCGCGUAGCGCUGGCCGCGCUUCCUCUUCCCCCGCUCCCAAAUCUUGGACGUCCUCGUUUGCAGACGAGUCUCGGAUUAGGUUGGGGUCGUAUUGGAUGGCGAUCUCGGAAUACUUAGACCUCGGCACUCGCAAAUCCGUACCUUUCCUCGACAUGAUGCAAAACGAGCUGGUCGGUGCCUUUCAGACUCACCCGAAUAUCAGGCAGGCAGUCGAGCAGCACUUAAACCCCGCCCUCGGGCUACGACUAGCCCCACUGAGUCCUACGGAGUUCGGCCUCAUGUUCAAUAUGCUCGCUUCCGUGAUACGGAGAUGUGACGCCGCUCGAUUCAUCAUACCAUCGGAGAACAGCAGCAACGCUUCCCAUGACACGGAGGGCGCUGCUUACGAGAUGCUUCACGAUCAUGGCCCGUUCAGCGAAAACAACCUCCGACUACUCUACACCACAUCUCUAUCAAUCAUGAAUCUGCUUGCAGAUUCUCAAGCGCGGUUACGAGCUGCCUACUGUGAAACUCUCGUACGGAUACUGUGGCGUUCGACCCGAAGUUCUGCUGAAGUCCGUCAAUCUGCAGCAAUGUCCGAAGGCACGGAACUCGUUCUAGCCUACCUGCACGUCACCAUACCUCCAGACAUACAGAACAUUGGUCAGUGA